UCCCGGGAACUGCAACACUCGAUACAUCGAUGUAACACGGCUGCUGGCUGCGGCCUUGGUUGUGAUUAACAGGGUGAAUUAUUAAAAGUGCCAGGAUUUACGACCGAACGACUACGCAGCUGCCACGUCGGUAUCGGGACCAGCGGGAUGGAUGUAAUACAGUUUAAACUGCCGAACGGCUUUCAGCCGAAACUGAAGGUGUACCGGAGACGGAAGAUACCCCGCUGUGUGUGGGUUUCGCCGGAUACUCUGUUCACGCUGUGCGAGGUUCUCCUCCGGAAACUGUUGCUACCAGGUGUUCCGCGGCGGAAAUUCUGGGCCACCGUUAUUAAUCUACUGCCACGUGAAACCGCCCGUAGCACCGUUUGGCAUCAGGUGCAGUGUCCGUGGGAGUUCAACCGACAUCAACAUUCCAUCGUCAACUAUGCCAACCACUGGACGCUUCUGUCUGCCAGCGUCCAACAGCGGAACCCAGCGGUGUCGAAUAUUCGCAUUGGCUCACUGGUCCGGAACAAAAUCACCCAGCUGCUGCUGGAUCUGGACUACUGCAGCAGCAGUGGGAGCGACGGUGGAAUGCCCCACCAGCAUCAGCAGUCGAUACGAUUCGGUACCGCCCUGCAGGACCCAUUCGAACAGGCGGAGGAAGAGCUUACCGAACAGUUUGUGGCACGCUCGGUGGCGGCUAACAUGGAAGCAUCCUCUGCGGAGGUACACCCCGAAGGCUCUCGGUGCAAUUGCUGCAGUAACUGCGGACAUCGCAGCGAUUGUAAAGUGGCACUUGCUCCCAACUGCAUUCCACUGCUCAGCAAGGAUCAAGCCGUCCAGCAGCUCAUAGUCAUGGGUCAGGGUACGACACGCGGUAGUUGUCACGUACAAAUUAACGAAUCCGGCCCCUGCGAAUGCUGCCAGACGAGAAUGUAAUCUUUCGUACCAGUGACACUGUCGCCCGAGGACCGUGUGACUGAAACACGCGUAGGUAACACUAUCUUUGUGGGCAUUCGACUAUGCAAUGCACUCAUGGUAUGCGUUACAUCAAGUAAGUUCUGUGUGAAACACGCAAUAAACACGAUUUCGGAGAAAGGAAUACCUUUUUCCAAAUUUAAUUUCUGCAUU